AUGACGAAAAAGGAGCCUUGGCGCGGCAACUCCCGAAUCGUCAACGAGCGGCAACUUGCACUCAUUGUCAAUUCGGGCCUAGAGUUGCAGAGCGCUGGUGCACGUGAGCUGCAAGUGGACGAUGAUUGGGACGAUCGCCUGAAUUUACAGGUCAAAAUCAUGAACGUCGUGGGUACAGUAGAUCUAAAAACGCCACUGGAGCUUAAGACGAUUGCAUUACAUGCACGAAAUGCUGAGUAUAAUCCUAAGAUUGUCGCCCUGCGGCGUAUGGGUUAA